GCUGCUCCGCGAGGUGGUUCCGCAGGAGCGCUCCCGCCUGACUGGCCGCCUCACGCGCCCGCCCGGAGUCCCGAAUCCCGCUCGCCGCUUCCGGCCUGUCAGCAUGUCGUUCAUCCCGGUGGCCGAGAACUCCGACUUCCCCAUUCACAACCUGCCCUACGGCGUCUUCUCCACCCCAGGCAACCCAAGACCGAGGAUCGGUGUGGCCAUUGGUGACCAGAUCUUGGACCUCAGUGUUAUUAAGCACCUUUUUACGGGGCCUGUCCUCUCCAAACACCGGGAUGUCUUUGAUCAGCCAACUCUCAACAGCUUCAUGGGCCUGGGUCAGGCUGCCUGGAAGGAGGCAAGAGCUUUCUUGCAGAAUUUGCUGUCUGCCAGUCAAGCCAGGCUCAGAGAUGACACGGAGCUUCGGAAGCGUGCGUUUGUCUCCCAGGCUUCUGCCACGAUGCACCUUCCAGCCGCCAUAGGUGACUACACAGACUUCUACUCGUCUCAGCAGCACGCUACAAACGUCGGAAUCAUGUUCAGGGGCAAGGAGAACGCGCUGAUGCCCAACUGGCUGCACUUACCGGUGGGCUAUCACGGCCGCGCCUCUUCCAUCGUGGUGUCGGGCACCCCGAUCCGAAGGCCCAUGGGACAGAUGAGGCCCGACGACUCGAAGCCUCCUGUGUAUGGUCCCUGCAGACUCUUGGACAUAGAGUUGGAGAUGGCUUUCUUUGUAGGCCCUGGGAACAAAUUUGGAGAGCCAAUCCCCAUUUCCAAGGCCCACGAGCACAUUUUUGGGAUGGUCCUUAUGAAUGACUGGAGUGCCCGAGACAUUCAGAAGUGGGAGUACGUCCCUCUGGGGCCGUUCCUCGGGAAGAGUUUCGGAACCACCAUAUCCCCGUGGGUGGUGACCAUGGAUGCGCUCAUGCCCUUUGUGGUGCCCAACCCGGAGCAGGACCCCAAGCCCCUGCCGUAUUUGCGCCAUGACCAGCCCUACACAUUCGACAUCCACCUCUCUGUCGCCCUGAAAGGAGAAGGAAUGAGCCAGGCAGUUACCAUAUGCAAGUCCAACUUUAAGCACAUGUACUGGACGAUGCUGCAGCAGCUCGCUCACCACUCCGUCAACGGCUGCAACCUGCGGCCGGGCGACCUCCUGGCUUCUGGGACCAUCAGCGGGCCGGAGCCAGAAAGCUUUGGCUCCAUGUUGGAGCUGUCGUGGAGAGGGACGAAGGCCAUCGAGCUGGGGAACGGGCAGACCAGGAAGUUCCUGCUGGACGGGGAUGAAGUCAUCAUAACAGGGCACGGCCAGGGGGACGGCUACCGCGUCGGCUUUGGCCAGUGUGCUGGGAAAGUGCUGCCCUCGCUCCUGCCCGCGUGAGGUUCUCUCGCGUCCUGAAACAAAGGGCUGGACCCCCACGCCGCCCCCGGGGCCUCCUCCAGGAGUAAAUAAAGCCCUUGUGCUCUGUGUCCGCGCUCGGAGC